GGAGCGCUGAUGAUAGUGAUCCUCCCGGACAUUGCCGAAUUACAGCAGCCAUUGAACUGUUGAAGUUCGAUUUUUGCUCGCUUCCAAGUAUUUCUUGUGAUCGUUGGUAAGAAACUGAAAAGGCAUUUUCUUCUGCUUUUUGUGUUGUAAAAUUUUAACGUGAAGUUAUUUGGUUUUAGGAUUAAACAGCUUUCAGUGUUUAAGAAUUAAUAAAGAUGGAUGGUUUACAGCAAAAUGAUGAACAAGCAAAACAGAAAGAAACUCCAAAUUGUGAAGUUAGGAAAAGUACUAGAGUGAGAACAACUAGACCACAGUCAACAGGAUAUGCAGCCCUUGAAGAAAUUUUGAAUAAGGAGGAUGAAGCCGAAGCUGAAAAAAUAUCAACAACUUCUGCUACUCCAAAGGUCACAUUAAAAAGACGACCCUACAAACCAAGAGAACCUAAACAAACAGCAAGAAGAAGCACUGGAGGUAUGGCACCAAGGAAGAUUGUGGAACCAAGAGUACCUAAACUAACAGCAAGAAAAAGCUGUGGAGGUAUGGUACCGAGGAAGAUCGUGGAACCGGAGGGAAACCAUUCCAGUAAGAAAAAAACAAUUCCUGUUUGUAAAUUCCCUUCGGCUGUUGGUGGUAAUCCUCAUGCUAAGAGACCUAAGUUGUUGAAUGCUGAUGAAAAAGAAAACCAAGAGCUCUGUAUUGGCAUUGACCUAGGCACCAGCUUCUCAUGUGUAGGAGUUUACCACAAUGGAAAAGUGGAAAUAGUUGCAAAUGAGCACAAUCAUCGUAUUACUCCAUCUUGCUUGAGUUUCAAUAAUGGAGCGACAUUUGUCGGGGAGGUGGCAAAAAAUCUUAUGGACACAAAUCCAUUAAGCACAAUUUUUGAUGCAAAGCGCCUUAUUGGUCGUCGGUUUUCCGAUUCAACCUUGCCUAAUGAUCAGAAGUACUGGCCGUUUAAAGUUGUGCAGAGUGCUGAAGGUCAAGCAAAUGUACAGUUCGACCUCAAUGGCACGUGCACAACGUACACGCCUGGCACCGUCACAACCAUAAUACUUGAAAAGAUGAAAGAAACUGCAGAAGCUUACUUAGGUGAAAAGGUAACGAAUGCAGUUAUUGCUGUUCCUGCGCAUUUCACCGACUUCCAACGCCAAGCAAUCAAGAACGCGGGGAUUUCUGCUGGUCUGAAUGUCCUGCGAGUCCAGAAUGAAACAUCAGCCGCAGCUAUGGCAUAUGGUCUCGAGAAAAAAUUUGCGGAAGUAAAAAAUGUGUUGAUCUACGACCUUGGUGGUGGUUUCCUCGAUGUUUCAGUCAUCUCCAUCAAAGGUGGAAUAUUUCAGGUAGAGGGGACAGCCAACGAUUCUCAUUUGGGUGGCGAAGAUUUUGACAUUCAGUUGGUUGACGAUCUUGCCAAAAAACUCAAGAAGGAACAAGGCAAAGAUUUAUCGUCUAACCGACACGCAAUGCGCCGACUUCGAACUGCCUGCGAGGGAGCUAAACGGACGCUUUCUCAUUUGACUGAAGCGACCAUUGAAAUCCUCUCGCUCUGCGAAGGCUUCGAUUUCUACGCCCCCGUUACUAGAUCCUAUUUUGAAACAUUGUGUUUUGAUCUCUUUCACCGAACUUUGGAACCUGUAGAAAAGGCUCUCAUUGACGCAAAAAUGGACAAGAAAGAAAUCAGUGAAAUUGUUCUAGUAGGCGGAUCUACACGCAUACCUAAGCUUCAGGAACUGUUACAGCAAUUCUUCGACGGCAAGGAGUUGAAUAAAUCCCUUCAUCAUGGCGAAGCUGUCGCUUGUGGAGCUGCAGCCCAAGCUGCUCUUCUUUCUGGAUAUAGUUUGGAAGCUGCAAAGGAUUUCCAUCUUUUUGAAGCCAGCUCUCAUUCUUUUGGGAUUGAAAUCGUUGAGGGAGUGAUGUCCACUUUUAUUGAACGCAACAGCAGGAUUCCAGCGAAGCAAACUAAGAUUUUCACCACAAAAAUUCAGAACCAAUCCAGCGUUCUUAUUCAGGUGUACGAAGGAGAAGGUGCCAUGACACGUGAAAAUAGCCUUUUGGGAAAAUUUAUUUUAUCUGGAAUUUAUCCUGCUAAACGUGGUCUACCAAGGAUCGAAAUUACCUUUGAAAUUGACGCCAACGGUAUGUUAACCGUGACUGCUGCGGAUAAAUCAACUGAAGGCCGUGAAAACAAAAUUUCUCAAUCAAUUAAUGGUGGAGUUAAUCGUGUGAUGGAAGGCAAAAUUUCGGAUGCCGGAAAAAUGAAACUGGUCCUGUGCGAAAACCACCCGCCAUUGCCAACUCAAAUCCUCAGUCAAAAGUCAUCAUCAUCAUCGACUGGAGCUUCAAGGACUGAUCCCAUUUUAAUUGAUUGAUUUUUUAAAAUCUGUUUAUUAGUUGUUUUUUUUUCUAGUUUUGAACAUUUGGUAUUAACAAAGAAAUUUCCCAAUUUUAAUUAACGGAAUGUUAACGUCACUGAAAGUCAAAAUGUUAAUGCAGUUUUUGCAUCUUUCUUGCCUUUAUCCGUAACAUUUAUGCUUUCUAUAGUGUGUUUGUCCAACGUUGAAAUCGAACCGUCAGUUGUUGACUUAAGUGUUUGAGUUUUUCGCAGUUGCGUUAAGAAAACUAAUUGCAUUACUAUGUGCUGAUUUUCAAAUGGUAUAUUUUGUGAUGUCAAUUAAGAAUAACAAUUUUUGGUAAAAUACAAAAACAAUGUUUCCUUUU